UAAGUAUAUUAGGUUGGCGAAAAGCUCAGGAUAAUUCAGUCGAGUUUUAAACUUACUCAAGUGUUGACACUGAGUAUCCACAAUACGAGUUGUGUUUGCUCGUACUCACCCGUAGUAGUAUUCGUCAAGGGUCAUAGAAAAUAUGACUUAAUUAAGGUUUAAAACGUGAAAGACUACCCCCAAGAAACUACAAACAAAAAAAUAAAACUUACUAAGUGAACUUCAAAAACAUCAAGAAGAGACUCUAAUUUUUUUUUCAUUGAGUAAACUUAAGUUUAAGAUACUUGCUUAUUUUUUUCUUCAAGUUUGUGCUAAGUUCAGUUUACAAAUAAAAGAGAGAUAUCAUCUUAAAUUCUACGAAAAAAAUUCAAAAAUAAAUAAAGUUAAAAAAAAGGACUCAGUAAAAAACGAGCAGACUGUGUUUGAAGACAAUUAGUAUCUUCCAUUCGCAAAGUCUAUAUCUUUUUGCAUCGUUUAAGAAUAUAAAAAAAAUGUCAAUUGCAAUGUGGUACUUUUUGUCCUUCGGGGUCCUGUUAGUGAUGUUACCACUCAAUGUGGCUGGAAUUGAUUUGAGCCGUUUGUACGGCCACAUGGGGCAACCAGUUCAAAAACGAAGUGACGCAUGCCAUCCGUACGAGCCGUUCAAAUGUCCUGGCGAUGGCAAUUGCAUUUCAAUACAGUAUUUAUGUGAUGGCGCCCCUGAUUGCUCGGAUGGGUACGACGAGGAUAUGCGACUCUGUACAGCAGCAAAACGGCCACCUGUUGAGGAAACAGCAUCGUUCUUGCAGAGCUUAAUAGCAUCUCAUGGUCCUAAUUACUUGGAAAAGUUAUUCGGAAGCAAGGCUCGAGAUGCACUUUCGCCGCUUGGAGGAGUUGAAAAGGUUGCUAUUGCAUUAAGUGAAUCGCAGACUAUUGAGGACUUUGGUGCUGCCUUACAUCUUAUGAGAUCUGAUUUAGAACAUCUGCGAUCUGUAUUUAUGGCUGUCGAAAACGGUGAUUUAGGAAUGUUAAAAUCUCUCGGCAUAAAAGAUUCCGAACUGGGCGAUGUGAAGUUCUUCCUCGAAAAGCUUGUCAACACCGGUUUCUUAGACUGAGUAGCACCAGAUCCAGCUUCUGGAUUUUAUUAUGCAUAUUCCCAACCCAUUAACCCAAGUUUUUAUUCAUAUCUUGGCUCUCCAUACAUGGAUGGCUAUAAUUAUUAACUUUAUCUCAAACAUAAUAAUAUCAACGAAGUUCUCAAUUUAUUUAAUUAUAAUUUAGUUUUUUCUCUUUCACGUUCAUUAUUUUAUUAUAUUAUUAUUAUUUUGUUGUUAGUUUAGAAAAAAAAAACAAAAACUAUAAAAAUACAUAAUAAAACAUAUUUAAAAAAAAAAUAACUAUCUGCUCUCUACUAUUUAUUGCAACAUAAUAAAAUGACAAAAUAUAUAUAUUUUCUUGUAUUAAACAAAAAUAUGUAUAAAUAAGUAUGUGGAAGCAGGAUCGGUUAAAACAAUGAAUAAAAAAAAAGACAAAAAAAAAAUGUUGAAACUUAAAAUAUAUCCGUAACAUAAGAAAGUAUUCAUCUUUAUUUUGUUCGUAUUUAAGCCAAACACUAAUUGAAAAAUAAUAGACAUCUAUAACAACUAUAUUAAAAAUAUAUCUUUAAGGCUCUCCAAAUGUUUUAUUGGCAAAAACAAAGUAAAAUAUAACUAAUCAUACACAUAUCUUAUGAAUGAAACAUGGUUUAAUCUUUACAGAAAAUAUAGUAUCAAUAUAAACUAUUUACCUAUAUAAUGUGUACCUAUUUAUAAAUGUAGCUUUCUAAAUCCAUAUUAUUACAUCUACUUUGAUAAAUCGAAAUAAUUAUCAAUAACGAUUAAAAGAAACGUAAUGUUAGAAACAGAUCAAUCUGCAUUAUGCUUGUCAGAACGAGGAGUAAUUUUUUUGUUUUAUAAUUUCAAUUAAAUCCUUGAUUCGUUCUGAUAUAAUAAAUUCAAAAAGCCACACUACAAAUUUUAGUCUUAUAAAAGAAGAUCAAUCUGAUCUCUUUUCGUAGACAUUUUCCGAUCCCUUGGAAAGCAAAAUUGGACCGCAUCACAUUAAUUUUGUUUACAUUCAAAUAAUUUUUCAGUUUUCCAGCUAAAAAGCUGUUGGUAAAUGUUGUGAUAUGUGUACUUUAAAACAAAAACAUACACAAAAAUAUUUAAAUAAAAAAAAAAGCAUAAUGUAAUUAAUAGUAGAAAUGAAAUAAAUGAUAAAAUAUAUUUUAGUAUUCGCAGGGAUGCACAGAAAUCAUCAACAUUUUUGUAGAGAUCGCGCAUUAUAGAUUAGUAUAUAUUAGAUUCCUCACAUCUAAAAGGGACAAUGAUUGGCACAUCAUAAGAAAAUUGAUUGUGUGUUUUUUUUUCAACAGUUUAUUCCUACAUUAUUAAUUGUUGAUAAAUAUGUAAACUUUUAUAAAUGCUUAUAGAUGUCUCGAAUAAAAAAAUUGUUAUUUUCUUUUUUUCUUUUAAUAUAGAUCUUAAUCUCACAAUCUUACAAAGUUAAGAAACAAAAUUAUUUGACAAUUAGAUUAAGACCCAAACAAACACGAAACAAAAACAAAAAAUAAUGGAGUUAAGUACCUUAAAUUAGAUUGUAGACCUACUAAGAUAAAAACAAAAUAUCUCAUAGAAAGAAUAUAAGAAGUCAAUUUUUCAUUGUUUCAUCACAUAACUUCAUAUUAAAAAUGGCCAUUUUAUUUCAACAAAACACACUUUUGGUAUAGUCACUCAUUGCCCCGCAAAUUAAUGACUUAAGAUCUUACCAAUAAUGCGGCCAUUUACAAAAUUAGCUACUUAUUUGUAGCAAUUUGUUUUAGGUUUUCAUUAAAAUUUUAAUUAAAAAAAAAAUUAAAUAAAAAAUAUAUUAAGGGCAAACUACUUAUUAUUAUGUACCAACGUGAGCGAAGCAGCAAAAUUAAAUUAAAAAGGAGUUUCAUAUCACAUACAUGUCAAAAAACAUAUAAAAUACAUAUCAAGAAUACAUAUCUUAUUAAACGUAAAUUAUACAAUAUACACAAUAUUAUAUAUUUAAACAAAACAAAAAAAAAAGAUAUACUUUAAGAAAAGAAAAAAAAAAUUUAACUAUUAAUGGUGGGAAUUUUUUUCAUAUAUAUGUAUGUAUUCCACAUGUAGUUAUAACAACAAUACGUUUCUUCAAAAUACAUAGUACAACGUGCGAUGACAUAGAACUAUUACAACUAAAUAACAAAAAUCACAACACAUAUCAAAAAUUUGCCAAUAAAUGACAGCAAAAUUAUAACAAAAAAAAUAAUCUUUUUUGGAUCUUGGUGAAAAGUUAAAAAAAAUGUUUGUUUAUAAAAAAAACUCUGACCCAAUAACAAUCAAUAAUCUUACAUCUUUAUUUGAUUGAUAAACAAAAAAUUUAAAUUAACUAUUCACUGACAUUCAAAAUUAACGCUUUUUUUAGAAUCUAUAGAUGUCAACUACAAGUUAACGCACCAAAACUACAACUACUGUAAUAAUAAUGCACAUGUUACAUGGAAAUCAAUAAAACCAAUAAAAACAAAUAAAAAAAAAAAAAAAACACAUUAAAAAUAUUCAAUAUAAUU